AACAUCGGCUGGUUUGGCUGCUGCUUCCCGCGGCUUCUUGUGGUAUAUGCAAGAUUACACGUGCGGAAAAAAAUAUAUUUAUUGUGCAUUUUUGUGGAUAUAUUGUGUAUAAGUGUCGUAAACAAGUUGUCAAAUCCGUUUCCACAUUUUGGUCGCCUCUCCUUGGAAAAGAAGACAAAUGAUAAGAUUGAAAUGUCAUCAUCGUUGCCCAACUGGGCGGUCGGAUGGGCGGCGGGCGCUAGGAGGCCGCCAUGGGCCGACGCGGCGCGGGGCGGGGGCGCGGCGGGCGGGGGCGGGGGCGGGCGCCGGCUGCGGCUGGCCGACGUGAACGCGCAACCUGGUGUGCAGCCUGUGCGGGGCUACCUGGUGGACGCCACCACGGCCGUGGAGUGCCUGCACUCGUUCUGCAAGAGCUGCCAUCGUGCGCUACCUGGCGGAGGGCGCGGCGCGGGCGCGCGGCGGCGCUUCUGCCCGGUGUGCGAGGUGCAGCUGCAGCCCGCGGGCGCGCCGGGCCCUCGCGCGCCACCUGCGCCGCGACAAGCUGCUGCAGACGCUCGUCUACAAGAUGGUGCCGCAGCUGUACCCGCGCGAGGUGCGGCGGCGCCGCGACUUCUACGCGCGCCACCCGCCGCCGCCGCACCUGCGCCCCGAGGACACGGCGGCGCCGUCGACCCGCUCAUCUUCUCGCCCACCGAGCCCUUCAGCGUCGCCCUCGUCUACAGGUGCGUACUGGACGCGGCUUCCGCUUGCUCGCGCUACGACAUUAGCCCUGGCGGAUGCGGUCGUGGAAUGCAAGUGCCUUGCCAGAGACGAGGGCGCGGAGGAGGCGGACAGCGAGGAGGGUCUUCGCGGGGCUCGGGCGCGGCGUCGCCCGCCACGCCCACGCCCGCCCGCCGGACGGCGCGCUGCCGUGCGCUACGUCAGCUGCCAGGCGCAGUUUUUGACGUGAGUAGCGUGUGGGUGCCGGUGCGCGUGCUGAAGAAGUCCUGCGCCUCAGUUCUGCCUGGCGCCGGCGCACGUGUGGAGCUGCGCUACAAGCAGGAGCGCUGCGCGGACGACCUGACGCUGAUGGACGUGGCGUACAUUACUCGUGGAAGCGCGUGCUGCCGCUGCGCUGCACUACCGCUUCCUGACGCCGCGCACCGCAAGGAGCCGCACGGCCCGCGCCCGCGCCCGCGCCGCGCCCCCUGCCGGCGCCCCCGGCCGGCGCAGGAGGCCGACAGCGGCGCCGAGGCGCCGCCAUCCUCGAGGAGCUGCCCCUCGUCUGGCGACAGACAGUCUCCGCCAAAGAGCCCUGCUCGUCCGCCAGCCCCAGCCCCAGCCAGCCGACAGCCCCAGCCCCAGCGCCGCCUCCAGCCGCUCCGCCAGCCCCCGGCCCCGGCCUCGCCACGGCCCGGGCCCCGCGCGGGGCGCGGGGCGGCGGCGCGCGGGGCGGCGUGCGCGGGCGCGGGCGCGGGCGGCCCGGGCGGCGCGGCGGGGGCGGCCGCACGCCGCGCUGGCGGCGCUCGCGGCCAAGCGGCAGCCGCCUCCUCCGCCCCGCCCCCGCCGACGGCGCCGUCAAGAAGUCGGCGCCAUCACGGCCUGCCGAGCGCGCGGCGCACGAGGCGCGGCGGCGCCGAGGGCAUCGGCUGCUGGCGGCGGUGGCCCUGGAGCGCCGCCCCGCGCCCGCCCCGCGCGCAGGAUCCCGCCCGUGCCAGCGCUCGUCACCAUCCUGCCCGUCUCGGCCGGCGCGGUGGUGGCUGCGCGGCGGCGCCUCGCGCAGGGCCCGCCCUCGCCCUCGCCCUCCCUCCCCUGCCCCUGCCCCUGCCCCUCCGCCCACGCACGGGCGGAGCGGGAAGCGCCCGGCGCCGCCCUCGCCACCCCAGCCCAGCCCCAGCCCCAGCCCAGCCCAAGCCCCAGCCCAGCCCAGCGCCCAGCCCCCGCGGCGCUGCCCUCGGCCAAGCGACUGCGCAGCUUCAGCCACUACCCAUCUCGCCCCCCGCCCGCCCGACCCACGAACCCUCCGCCUUCCCUCGCCCGCGCCCUCGCGCGCCCUCGCCCGCGCCCCGCACGCCGCCCAAGAGCCCCCUCGGCCCCGCCAACAGCCCCUCGCUCUUCGCCUCGCGCCCGGCCCCACGCAGCCCUCGCCCAGCGCCAAGGCCAACCACGACACGAGCCCCAAUGCCACGCCAACAAACAGUGGCAAUAGCAGCGCCAGCGCCAAGGCUAAGAGCGCGCCAGCAACGUGUGCAUCAAGGAGAGCCGCCGGAGGAGGGCGAGGCGCAGGCGGCGCAUCCGCCUGCCGGCCGGCGCCACGCUGCUGCCCGCGCCCCCGCCCCCGGCCCCGCCCCGGCGCCGCCCCCGCGCCUGCCGUCGUCCAUCACCAUCACGCGCACCCCCAGCGGCAGCUACUCGUCGCCAACGCCUCGCCCGCGCCUCACCCGCGCCCGCCCACGACCACCGCCCCAAGGACGUGCUCACCAUCGAGCCUCGCGCCCACCGCCAAGCGCAGUCUGCCACGAACCGUCGAGGAAACGUUGCAGCAGUGGUUGGGAGGUUGCGUGCGUUUUCAGGUUGCGUCGAAGGACGGGGCACAGGCGCAGGGGCAGUGGAGCGGGCGGUGGCGCUGUCGCUGUCCCCGGCGCGUCGCCGCGCAGCCCGGCCAGCGAGCGGCGCUGGCGGCGGCGGCGGACGGGCCCGUGGGCGAGGCGUCGCACGCCCGCCCAAGGCGCCCCCGCCGCCGCCGCCGCCGCCGCCCCGCACUCGCACAUCCCGCGCCUGUGGGCCACGACGGCGCCUCCCCGGCGCAGGCCUCGAGGGGGCUCCAAGACGCGGGCGGCGGCGGCGGCGCGGCGGCGGCGGCGCGGCGGCGCGCGGGCGGCGCAGCGGUGGGGGCGUACCCUCGGACCGCACUCGGACCUAGUCGCGCUCCGCGCCCAAAGGCCUGCUCCGCACGCGCCGGCGGCAUCGCCCACCAUCGCACAGAACCUGGCGCGCGGCAGCUGCAGGCUGCGGCGGCGGCGGCGGCUGCGGCGGCGGCCCGCCUCCUCUUCCUCCUCGUCCCCCUCCCGCCGCCACUCCCCCGCCCACCCCCUCGCCUUCGCCGCCCACCCUCCUCCGCGCUACCCGCUCAACGCGCUCCGGCCUUUCUCCUCGCUUCGGCCCCGCGCCCUCGCCUCCGCAUCCAGGCCGCCGCCCCCACGUGGGCUCCCCGCGCCCGACCACUUCGCGCUACGUAACCUGCCCGCUACGCCAGCGGCCUCGACCGAAUGGAUCGCCGCGGCGGCGCCGCGACCCGCAGCAGCUGCAGCGCUGCCUCCACUCGCUCGCCUCCGCCAACGCCUCGCCCCGCACCAGCAGCGGCACCAGCACCAGCGGCAGAGGGGCGCGCGCCGCCAACGCCUUCCUCGCCUUCGCCUCCGCCUCCGCCGCCAGGGGCGCCUUCCGAAAGUAGCGCUCGGCACAGGUCUAGCAGGGUGCUUUACAAGACUGUUGUUCUUAAGAUACAAGGCGAGGCGCGCGUCGCACCAGCCGUCCGCCAGCAGCCCGCUGGCCAGCAUGAAGCCGCAGUGCUCGCUGCCGUUGGCGUUGUUGGGCUCGUUGGCGCCCCAGCGCGCGUAG